AAUCACGAGACAUUUAUCAUCUGCGUUUUUAUAGUUAAUCUUAAUAACUAUGAGUGGUGACAAUUACGAGUGGGUAUUUUUAGUUAGAUGUUAGCUAGCUGGUUAACUUAGCUGCUUAGCAGGUGGUUAUAGGAUUGCCUGUAGGGCUAGGCUACGUAUAUGUCUCUUAGGCGUGUGCUUAACAUUAAACGUAGUUAAAUAUAAAUAUCCCCUGAAAGCGAAAUUCGUCUUCACAGAUCGGCUGAGGUCAGCGGUGGACUGUUGAGAACGAUGGCAGCCACUCCACCUCCCAAUUUUUCUUGGGUUGAACAAUGUAAAUUAGCUGGCCUGGGGAUGCCAAGGAUGACAGCCCAUUAUCAAUUUCUACUAAAUAAUGGAAUCAAACACUUAAUCACUUUGUCUGAAAGAAAGCCCCCUUACCAUGACACUUGUCCAGAGUUGAUUUUACAUCACAUUAGAAUACACGACUUCUGUGCUCCAACUUUUGAUCAGAUCAAGCGCUUCUUGUCCAUAGUGGAGGAGGCCAAUUCAAAAGGAGAGGGGGUUGCAGUGCACUGUUUGCAUGGCUUUGGAAGAACUGGAACUAUGCUGGCCUGCUACUUGGUGAAGAGCAGAAAAAUCAGUGGGAUUGAUGCCAUUAAUGAAAUUAGAAAGAUACGCCGUGGUUCUAUUGAAACGCGAGAACAGGAGCAAAUGGUAGUGCAGUUCUACCAGCAAAAUAAAUGUUGAUGUAUAUGAAGUAAUAUAAAAUGUAAUUAUUUGAAGGAACUGUGCUGCUCAUAAAAUUGUAUUUUAUCUUCACAGUAACUGAGUCAAUAAACUAUAUAAAAGUGCUGUGUAAAAUAGUUAGCCCUGUGAUAGAUUGAUGACCUCCCCAGGGUGUACCCCCCCUUUGCCUGAAGUCAGCUGGGAUUGGCUCCAGCUUCCCCGCAGCCCUGAAGGAUAAGCGGUUCGGUGAUGGAUGGAUGGAUGGAUGGAUGGAUGUAAAAUACUUUUUAGUUUUGUGUACAUUUCAGAUAGAACUUAGCAUUUUUAAAAGCAAACAAAACCCAAAAAACCUCCUUUGUACUUACCGAUAAUAUCCAUACAAGACAUGUUCCAUUUUCCAUUUGUUCACAUUUGUGCCUGUAUACUGUGUACAGAUUGUUUGUUUGUUUGUUUGUUUGUUUUUCUUUUAAAAUAAAACUUCCCUGGGCGCUGCCAUCUUACUCUCACUAAGGUUCAAAUGUCACGCCAGUGGCGGCUCCUGAAUUUUUUUUCGGGGGGGGGGCAAUUUUCCCCCGUUAUGUCUACACGGACCGUAAAUGUCCACAGAACUGAAGUAAAUUGACCUAGGUAGCAAAUCAAUUGGCCGAACUUGUUUUUGCCUGGUAAAUUCAGAUAUCAAUAUAGACAAUCUCUUCUCUCCACUAGGUGGCAACACUGAACAAGUUAAAGGUGGCAAACUAAGGUAGCCUAGUAAACUAGACCCACCCGCCUAGCGGCCAAAAAUAUUUUUGCCUACGAGUGGCAAAUAUUCACAUUUAGUCUGGCUUGCCAGGCUAAAACUAAGGAAGAUUCAUUGUGAAGCCUUCAAAGCAAAACAUUUGGCAUCACAAUCAAUUAAUAUUACAUUACUCAUUUUCUCAUAUUAUUCCAGUAUUCUAUAAUAAGUAGACACAAAUUCUUAAUUAUA